AUGAAGUGGUCCACAGCCGUAGUUUUUGGUCUUCUAUCAGCAUGCGAUGCUUUCGCUCCAAGCAAUGGCAACUCCCGAUCCCAAUUUCGUAUGAGUGCUGUUGACGAAGCUGUUACAAAGGACUCCAAGUCAGACGAUGCUGGAACCAAGGAUCCUCUUUUGAUCAGAGCCGCCAAAGGAGAAAAGACUGAGCGCACCCCAGUUUGGAUGAUGAGACAAGCUGGAAGACACAUCAAAGAAUACCGUGAUUUGUGCAAGAAGUACCCAACAUUCCGCCAAAGAAGUGAAAUCCCAGAGGUUGCUGUCGAGGUUUCCCUUCAGCCAUGGAGAAACUACAAAACUGAUGGUUGCAUUCUUUUCUCCGAUAUCCUAACUCCUCUUCCUGGAGUUGGAUGUGAAUUCACCAUUGACGAGAAGCUUGGCCCCAUCAUGGAGCCCAUCAAGAACUGGGACGACGUUAAGAAGAUGCACCCCAUUGAUCCUUCCACUGCAGCACCUUUCGUUGCUGAGACCCUUAAGAUUCUUCGUGACGAAGUUGGCCCUGAAACUGCUGUUUUGGGAUUCGUUGGAUGUCCUUACACACUUGCCACUUAUAUGAUCGAGGGUAAAACUUCCAAGGAAUACUUGGAAAUCAAGAAGAUGGCAUUCAACGAGCCAAAACUUUUACACGCUAUUCUUCAAAACCUCGCUGACAGUAUUGGGGACUACGCUCUUUACCAAGUUGAGAAUGGUGCUCAACUCAUCCAAAUUUUCGACUCUUGGGCUGGACAUCUUUCCCCACGCGAUUAUGAAGAAUUUGCUGCUCCGUACCAAAAGCAAAUCUUGGACAAAGUCAAGAAGCACCACCCUGAAGUCCCAACUGUUAUUUACAUCAAGCAUUCUGGAGCUCUAAUUGAACGUAUGGCUGGAACUGGAGUUGAUGUUGUGUCGCUAGAUUGGACUGUAGAUAUGGCAGAAGGCCGAGAGAGAAUUGCCAACGGACGCAAGGCUGCUGGCUUGAAGGGACCAGGUGGAGUCCAAGGAAACCUUGAUCCCGGUGUGUUGCUCGCCAACCACGACACCAUCAAAGAAAGAGCAGAGGAGAUCCUGAAGAAGGCAGGAAGCACAGGACACGUUAUGAACUUGGGACACGGAAUUGAAGCAUGUACACCAGAGGAAAAUGCUCACCACUUCAUCGAAACUGUCCGCAACUUUAGACACAAAGAUUAA